AUGACUACCAAUCUUAACAAUAUCAUCGAUGGAACUCAAAUUGCUAAGCAGCUUCGAGAGCAAGUUGCAAGCAAGAUAGCUGCUGAUUCGUCUCUUAAGCCUACCUUGGUUGUCAUUCAACAAGGAGCUAGACCCGAUUCAACCACCUAUGUUCGAAUGAAACAAAAAGCCGCGGAAGAAUGCUCUAUUCGAUUCCUUCAUAUCAUCAUUCCUGCUGAAGCAAGCGAAGAAGUGGUGGCGAAAGAGAUCACUCGUCUCAACGCUGAUCCAUCCGUUGAUGGUUUGCUCGUUCAACUUCCCCUCUCACCUCACAUCGGAUCAGCUGGGGAACGCCGAAUCACCGAAUUAGUCAGCCCAGACAAGGAUGUGGACGGAUUCCAUGCUUAUAAUAUCGGAUUACUCAGUUCGAGAGCUUCAGAGCCUCUCUUUACACCCUGUACACCGGCGGGUGUUAUUCGUUUGAUCGAACAUACUGGCAUCUCGAUCUCGGGUAAACAUGCCGUUGUUCUUGGUCGAAGUGAUAUCGUGGGAAGCCCAGUUUGCGCUCUUCUUAGACGAAAGGACGCCACUGUCACACAGUGUCACAGUCGGACUUCCAACUUACCCGAAAUCCUUAAGACAGCUGAUAUCGUCGUUUCGGCUAUCGGACAAGCCAAAUUUGUCAAAGGAGAAUGGCUUAAGAAAGGAUGUGUGGUAGUAGACGUGGGAACCAACUUUGUCCCCGAUUCUACUAAAAAGUCAGGACAAAGGCUUGUAGGAGAUGUUGACUUUGACUCAGCAGCUCCAGUGGCUGCUCAGAUCACACCCGUUCCGGGCGGUGUUGGUCCGAUGACUGUAGCCAUGUUGAUGGGGAACACUUUGUUGAGCGCACAACGAAGAGUUGAACGAACCCGUUCGAGGUGUAUCAAGCCUCUCAAGUUGGAAAGGUUGACUCCGGUUCCUAGUGACAUUGAAAUCGCCAUGGCUCAAACACCAAAACCAAUUGCCCAUGUGGCAAGUGAGAUCGGUGUCCUGGACUCAGAAUUGGAACUUUAUGGUCACUCCAAAGCCAAGAUUAGCCUCAACCUCUUGGAUCGACUUGCGCAUCGUAAGGACGGCAAAUAUGUGGUUGUCGCUGGAAUCACUCCUACACCUUUGGGUGAAGGCAAGUCGACAACUACCAUUGGUCUCGUUCAAGCCCUCGGUGCACAUCUUGGUAAAAUGAGCUUUGCUACUGUCCGUCAGCCUUCCCAAGGCCCCACAUUUGGGAUUAAGGGUGGAGCUGCGGGUGGAGGGUACAGUCAAGUUAUUCCUAUGGACGAAUUCAACCUUCAUUUGACAGGUGACAUCCACGCUACAACAGCUGCUAACAAUCUUCUUGCUGCUGCUAUCGAUGCACGAUACUUUCACGAGUCAACUCAAUCAGACACAGCUCUUUUUAAUCGAUUGUGUCCUGCAAUCAAGGGCAAAAGAAGAUUUGCGCCGAUCAUGUUGAGACGCUUGGCAAAGUUGGGAAUCGAUACCUCCAAAACACCUGACGAGUUAACUGACGAAGAACGUUCCAAGUUUGUUCGACUUGAUAUCGAUCCUGAAAAAAUCACUUGGCACCGUGUCGUUGAUACCAAUGAUCGAUUCUUGAGACAAAUCACGAUCGGUCAAGGACCCGCAGAGCAGGGUCGAGAGCUCAAGACAGGCUACGACAUUGCAGUUGCCAGCGAGUGUAUGGCUGUACUUGCCCUCAGUAAUGAUCUCGCUGAUAUGCGCGAAAGGCUAGGACGAAUGGUAGUUGCUGAUAGCAAAUCCGGAGUGCCGAUCACAGCUGAUGAUAUCGGAUGCGCCGGUGCGAUGGCCGUCUUAAUGAAAGAUGCGAUCAAGCCUAACAUGAUGCAAACCCUUGAGGGCACACCUGUCUUUGUUCAUGCCGGUCCAUUUGCAAACAUCGCCCAUGGAAACUCUUCGAUCUUGGCAGAUAAAAUUGCGUUGAAGUUGGCUGGUAUUGAACCGGGUGAACCUGAAGAUCGAUAUGGAUACGUGAUCACUGAAGCUGGUUUCGGUGCCGAUAUUGGAAUGGAAAAGUUCUGUAACAUCAAAUGCAGAGUAUCAGGCCUUCGACCUAAUGCAGUUGUCUUAGUGGCCACUAUCAGAGCCUUGAAGAUGCACGGUGGAGGUCCAGAAGUAACACCUGGUAAACCAUUAGCGGAUGUCUAUUUGGAGGAGAAUCUUGAACUUCUCGAAAAGGGAUGUGAAAACUUGGCUAAGCAUAUUGAGAAUGCCAGGUCUAUGGGCAUUAAUGUAGUUGUGGCCGUUAAUCGAUUUACUGCCGACACACCAGCAGAGAUCGCGUUAGUAGAAAAACUAGCGAUUGCAGCUGGGGCUGACGCAGCCGUUGCUUGUAAUCUUUGGGCUGAAGGAGGAGAAGGAGCGAUUGAUUUAGCUAAAGCCUUGAUCAAAGCAUGUGAAGGAGAAUCAAACGCAAACUUCAAAUUCCUUUAUGAACUUGAUCAACCAUUGAAGGCUAAGAUUGAAACGAUCGCUAAGAAGAUGUACGGUGCUUCUGGUGUAUCAUAUUCAGAGGAAGCUGAGAAGCAGAUUGAGAGUUAUGAGAAACAAGGGUUUGGUGGAUUCCCGAUCUGUAUGGCUAAGACACAUUUGUCGUUGAGUCAUGAUCCUAAGAGGAAAGGAAGACCAGAGGGAUUUGUGAUUCCGAUCAGGACGAUCAAGAUGUCCGCUGGUGCUGGAUUCUUAUACCCUAUUGUGGGUGAUAUGCAAACGAUGCCAGGUUUGAGUACUAGACCAGGAUUCUUUGAACAAGAUAUUGAUUUAAAGACUGGAAAAAUUGUGGGAUUAUCAUGA